GUAAUGAAUGCUCAAUUCCAAUCAUGUAUUGAGUUUGAGGUUUUAAGUUUUAACACCAAGAUAGAAUAUGAAAUUAUCAAAUCAAUAUAAAUUACUGCUGUUAUAAAUAUAAUUAAUAAUCAGAUAAACUAAUAUGCAUAAAAUUGAAAUAAACUUUCGCCACUUGGCACAUAAUAUACGUUAAAAAAACUAUUGAGAGAAAUCUGCUAAGGCACCCUAUAUUGUUAUUCCCAACUAAUAAAAAAAAUAGUUCGAUCGAAAUAGAAAGAGCUAUCAAAAGAAUGCGCUUGAAAAUUUAGAUUUGUGAUUCGAUUAUAUUACCACACAUAAUAAUAAAAUUACGAUGCGACAACAUAAAUUCUCAAGCGCAUUUUUUUGGUAGCUCUUCCUAUUUCAGUCGAAAUUGUCGAAAUAUACCUACCACCAGGGCCGGCGCUAAGACUUUUGACGUCACGGGCAAGCCCAAUUCUGCCGCCCCCCCUCCCACUUUUUUUCGUGCGCUCGGAAAUCAUUUAACAUAGAACUCACGUAUGUUAGACAAUAAUGCAUAGUAAUAGUUUUUUGUUUUCACACUACACAUUUAUUUAUAUAUUUUGAUUCUUAACAGUCUAUGUACUCUAUGUUACACCUAUGUUCCUAACGCCGGCCCUGCCUACCACUUUUCGGGCCAGACCGCCAAUUAUUUCAUAGAUACGGCUGGGCUCACUGCUCACGCGUUGCUGCAUGCGAAAGAUGAUUCACGAAUGAUCGCUCGAGACAUCUGGUGCGAGACGCGCAGCGGCAGCAUCGGUUUUAUUUUGUUUCGAGCGGUCACACAUUUGAUUGAAGAGUGAAUUAUCAUUCGAAUCAUUUGGUUGAAGUAUUCGAGAUAUCUCGAAUGAUUUUGAUAAUCGAAUGACCGAUUAUUUUUCAUUCGAAUGAUCCCAUCACUAAUAUUUGCCAAUUUCUCAGCGAUCAGCUGUGAUAGAGAAAUAGAAGGUUUUAAGUUGCAUUCCAUCUUCCAUCUGCCACAAAUCCUAAAUUUUGAAAAACAUUUCAGGUGUUUAAAAGUGAUUAACAUAUUGCUGAGCUCGAAGAGAACACUGUAACUUUGAAUCGCAAUCCUGGGAAGGAUGAAUUACAACGCUAACGCAGGGUCACGACCACCAUUUGGUCGUAAAGUGAAAAGAUUGAGCGAUGUUAAUGCUAUGGGCUACAGUCCUGGGUUUAACCCACAUGACCAACAAAAUGUACCAUCAGGAGGAAAUAUGUACCCAAAUCUAGAACCUAGUGUUAACACAUACCAACAAGGAUUUUCAACUAGUACUCCUUAUGAGCCCCAAAUGCAAAGUUCUUCAUUCCAAAAUAUACCCCAGCAAGCACCUCAAGACAUGUCAUACAACUAUAAACCUUCUGCUACUUCAAAUCUAGAUGUUUUUGCUGCACCUAUGGUCCAAGAUAUGGCACUUCAAUAUGGGCAGCAGUUAGCAGGUGUUGGAACAUCCAAAAUCAAAAAUGAGGUAGAGAAAUUUGUGUCUAUCUCAGAAUUGAAGUACUAUUUUGCAGUAGACACGAAAUACGUAUUGAAUAAGCUGUGGUUACUCUUCUUCCCAUUUACUAACAAGGAUUGGUCAAUCAAAUAUAAGCCAGAUGCCCCUAUAAAGCCCCGAUAUGAGGUCAAUGCCCCUGAUUUGUAUAUUCCCACAAUGGCAUACAUCACAUAUGUUUUGGUUGCUGGUUAUGUAUUGGGAAUGCAAGACCGCUUCACUCCAGAACAACUGGGAAUUCUAGCUUCAUCAGCUUUGGCUUGGAUCUGCAUAGAACUCGUAGUCUACUAUUGCACUCUGUAUAUUCUCCAGGUGCAAACUAUGUUAAGGGCAUAUGAUAUGCUAGCGUACUCUGGAUACAAGUUUGUGGGGAUAAUAUUCAGCAUCCUGAUAAGUCUUGUUGGAGGUUUGACUGCUUACUACUGUGUCUUGAUCUACGCAAACCUGGCCUUGGCUUUCUUUCUGACCAGAAACUUGAGAGUGAAAGUCUUGGCUGGGCCAAUGGAUGGACCAUCAAACUACUAUGAUGGAGCAGGGCAUUCUGUGGGACAUAGGAGGAAGGUGUAUUUCCUUCUAUGUAUGACAGCCAUUCAGCCUGUCUUGUCUUGGUGGCUGUCAUACAGCGUGGUGUCAUAUGGGGCUCCAGUACCAGCAGUAGACGCGAAAGCACUGUGAGGGAUGUUCUAGGCUAUCAGUUUUGUGAAUAUGGAACUUAUUUUGCUACUUAUUUUUUACAUGUGCAUUAUUUAUAUUCUAAUAAAUCUAUAACUAAAUUGAG